AUGACCGUCGCUAGCCCCGGUACCUUGCGGGCUGCACCAACGCAGACCCCCUGCUGCCCUAACUGCGGCUUCGGUGCCGAUUUGCCGCCCUUCGAAGAGACCCAAACCGCCCUUCUCGAUGCCCAGAAGCAUAUAUCCGACUUGCAAGCCCAAGUUCGCCUGCUCAACCAAAAGGCCUCGGCCGCCGUCGACCGCUGGGCUGACUACGAAGACGAACUCGCCAAACUCCGAGCCCAACUCGACGCCCGCCCACAGACACCCACCUCCGCGUCAGCAGCAACAGCGGCCCAACACCAACAGACACAAAAACAAACCUCCCUCCCGACACCGCCCAGUUCAGCAGCCGGCCUGCCAUCCCCCUCCCCAUCUCGAGCCUCCUUCCUGACCACCAGCGCCGCAACUCGCAUCUCCGCCCUGCUCACCCGCAAAUCUCCCCCCGCACCAGUCGCAGCAACACCAGCACCAACACCAGCACCAACACUCCCCCCCACCCUCCGACCACUCACCAACAUCCCCCAACAAAAACCCUCCGCACCAAGCCCCAUCCCGUCCCUCCCCUCCUCCGCCUCCUACCCCCCACACCACCACCACCACCACCACCCCAACACACCCCCCUCCCUCCCGCCCUCCGCCCAACUCACCCCCUCCGACCUGCUCUCCGCCCUCUCGCGCGAGCAGGCCCUCCGCGCGGAAGCGGAAGGCCGGCUCAGCGAGACGAGCCGCGAGGUGGAGGAGCUCAGCGCUAGCCUGUUCGAGCAGGCCAACGAGAUGGUGGCGGCGGAGCGGCGGGCGCGGGCGCGGCUGGAGCAGCGGGUCGGGGAGCUGGAGCGGCGGGAGGGGGAUAAGAGGAGGAGGCUGGAGAGGUUGGAGAGGGCGGUGGGGCGGAUUGAGAGGGUGAGGGGGGUGUUGGGGGAGUUGGAGGGUUUGGAGGGGGUGGUGGGUGAUGGUGGUGGGAAUGGCGGUGGGAUGGGGAGUAACGAUGGGGGGAGGUGA